AUGGCCGGAGCUGGGUCUGCUGGAACUGGCAAGAUACGAGUCAAGUUCCUAGUGGACAAUGAGAAGAGGAAGGUGGUGUUUGCAGAGUCCAGCAAGGAGUUCGUGGACGUGCUCCUCAGCUUCCUCACCCUGCCACUGGGCACCAUUGUUCGGCUGCUCGGCAAGGAGUCAUCUCUAGGCUGCUUCGACGAGCUGUACAGGAGCGUGGAGAGCCUUGAUGCGAGCCACUUCCAAACCAAGGCGUGCAGGAACAUGCUGCUUAGGCCCCUCAGCGCUGCCGGGGAGGUGUGCGAGGAUCUUAUUGUCAGGAUUGACGACACCGACCACCGGAGGUUUUGGUGUUGCAGAUAUAAUAGUAAAACGCACCGGGGAGGCACUGGUGCGUUUUACUAUAGUUCAGUUCCAGAUGUGCCAUGCCAGCAGUGUGGGAAAUCCUUCGACGACAUGAUGCGUUGGGGGAAGCGUGGCGGGGUAGUGACAGAUGAUGGAGCUUUCGUAAGAGGAGGGAUAAGCUAUGCCACUACAGAUAAUCUGCAAGUUGUACCUGCUGAUACUGACAAUCUCAUGAACCUUUUACAUGACUUGGGGAUUGAGGACAUAACCAUGCUUGAAGAGAAGACAUUAGAACUUGGCACAGAGGAGAUAAAAGUAUUGCUGAAGCAAACGCUGAAGUCUGACCAACCCCUAACUGAUCUUAUGUUCGGUCCGUCAGAUGAACCCGCAAGAACAAAUGAGCCCCCUUCAAUGGGUGUUAAGGUUAGUUCUGAGAACGGUUCAAGUUCAGAUUGUGAUGUUCUCAGAGUGAAACUACUUGUGACAAAAACAGAUCAAUCAGUAGUACACGCCGAGGUUCCUGAAGAGUUCUGCAACAUUUUAUUUAGUUUCCUGACCUUACCACUUGGUCAUGUUGUCAAGCUUCUUGGAGGAAGUUCAUCAAUCUCGAGCAUUGAUAAUCUCCACAGAAGUGUGGGUGAAAACAUGACUGGUUACAUAAAAUCAGAUGUAUGUCGAGACAUGGCCCUUUCACCUAAGUUGCCCCCCUUUUUCAGCUGUAACAAUAAUUUCCUGAUGACUGAUGAGCAAGCUCCUAGAGAUUCCAUUACCCUUUUAGUGGCAGUGAAUCCCAAGGUGCCAACCAUGACGACAGAAACCGGGGGUGGCUACGCAAAAGGACAAGGCAAGUUCUUGGUGACUAAUGAACUCCGUGUGGUUCCAUUCUCGCUAAUCAACGCCUUCAGCGAACUGAAGAAUAAGGAGCACUCUGUAUCACAGCUUGAGACAACAGAGUUCGCUUUUACUAAAGCGGAGGUGAUCAGAGUACUGAACCUGUUGAGGGCAGCAUUGGUUUCUCGUGAAGCGCUGACCCUUGCCUGCUCGCCACCAACCAAAUCAAAGAGAAGGCUUCGUCACUGA